AUGGGGUCGAUGCGCACCUCUCCUCCCGGCCUCCUGCUGCUCGCCCUUGCCCUCAUCGCCGGUCAGACAACUUGCUCUCUCAUUGCCAUCUCUCUCAUUGCCUGCUCUCUCAGUGCCUUCUCUCUCAUUGCCUGCUCUCUCAGUGCCUUCUCUCUCAUUGCCUACUCUAUCAUUGCCUUCUCUCUCAUUGCCUGCUCUCUCAUUGCCUUCUCUCUCAUUGCUUUCUCUCUCAUUGCCUUCUCUCUCAUUGCCUUCUCUCUCAUUACCUGCUCUCUCAUUGCCUUCUCUCUCAUUGCCUACUCUCUCCUUGCCUUCUCUCUCAUUGCCUGCUCUCUCAGUGCCUUCUCUCUCAUUGCUUUGCCUUCUCUCUCAUUGCCUGCUCUCUCAGUGCCUUCUCUCUCAUUGCUUGCUCUAUCAUUGCCUUCUCUCUCAUUGCCUGCUCUCUCAUUGCCUUCUCUCUCAUUGCUUUCUCUCUCAUUGCCUUCUCUCUCAUUGCCUUCUCUCUCAUUGCCUUCUCUCUCAUUGCCUUCUCUCUCAUUGCCUGCUCUCUCAUUGCCUUCUCUCUCAUUGCCUUCUCUCUCAUUGCUUUCUCUCUCAUUGCUUUCUCUCUCAUUGCCUUCUCUCAUUGCCUUCUCUCAUUGCCUUCUCUUAUUGCCUUCUCUCUCAUUGCCUGCUCUCUCAUUGCCUUCUCUCUCAUUGCCUGAUCUCUUAGUGCCUUCUCUCUCAUUGCAUGCUCUCUCAGUGCCUUCUCUCUCAUUGCCUGCUCUCUCAGUGCCUUCUCUCUCAUUGCCUGCUCUCUUUGUGCCUUCUCUCUCAUUGCCUGCUCUCUCAGUGCCUUCUCUCUCAUUGCCUGCUCUAUCAUUGCCUUCUCUCUCAUUGCCUGCUCUCUCAUUGCCUUCUCUCUCAUUGCUUUCUCUCUCAUUGCCUUCUCUCUCAUUGCCUUCUCUCUCAUUGCCUUCUCUCUCAUUGCCUUCUCUCUCAUUGCCUGCUCUCUCAUUGCCUUCUCUCUCAUUGCCUUCUCUCUCAUUGCUUUCUCUCUCAUUGCUUUCUCUCUCAUUGCCUUCUCUCAUUGCCUUCUCUCAUUGCCUUCUCUUAUUGCCUUCUCUCUCAUUGCCUGCUCUCUCAUUGCCUUCUCUCUCAUUGCCUGAUCUCUUAGUGCCUUCUCUCUCAUUGCAUGCUCUCUCAGUGCCUUCUCUCUCAUUGCCUGCUCUCUCAGUGCCUUCUCUCUCAUUGCCUGCUCUCUUUGUGCCUUCUCUCUCAUUGCCUGCUCUCUCAGUGCCUUCUCUCUCAUUGCCUGCUCUAUCAUUGCCUUCUCUCUCAUUGCCUGCUCUCUCAUUGCCUUCUCUCUCAUUGCUUUCUCUCUCAUUGCCUUCUCUCUCAUUGCCUUCUCUCUCAUUGCCUUCUCUCUCAUUGCCUUCUCUCUCAUUGCCUGCUCUCUCAUUGCCUUCUCUCUCAUUGCCUUCUCUCUCAUUGCUUUCUCUCUCAUUGCUUUCUCUCUCAUUGCCUUCUCUCAUUGCCUUCUCUCAUUGCCUUCUCUUAUUGCCUUCUCUCUCAUUGCCUGCUCUCUCAUUGCCUUCUCUCUCAUUGCCUGAUCUCUUAUGCCUUCUCUCUCAUUGCUUUCUCUCUCAUUCCUUUCUCUCUCAUUGCCUUCUCUCAUUGCCUUCUCUCAUUGCCUUCUCUCUCAUUGCCUUCUUGCCUUCUCUCUCAUUGCCUGCUCUCUCAGUGCCUUCUCUCUCAUUGCCUGCUCUCUCAGUGCCUUCUCUCUCAUUGUCUGCUCUCUCAGUGCCUUCUCUCUCAUUGCCUGCUCUAUCAUUGCCUUCUCUCUCAUUGCCUGCUCUCUCAUUGCCUUCUCUCUCAUUGCUUUCUCUCUCAUUGCCUUCUCUCUCAUUGCCUUCUCUCUCAUUGCCUUCUCUCUCAUUGCCUUCUCUCUCAUUGCCUGCUCUCUCAUUGCCUUCUCUCUCAUUGCCUUCUCUCUCAUUGCUUUCUCUCUCAUUGCUUUCUCUCUCAUUGCCUUCUCUCAUUGCCUUCUCUCAUUGCCUUCUCUUAUUGCCUUCUCUCUCAUUGCCAGCUCUCUCAUUGCCUUCUCUCUCAUUGCCUGCUCUCUCAGUGCCUUCUCCCUCACUGCCUGCUCUCUCAGUGCCUUCUCUCCAAUUGCCUGCUCUCUCAGUUCCUUCUCUCUCAUUGCCUGCUCUCUCAGUGCCUUCUCUCUCAUUGCCUGCUCUAUCAUUGCCUUCUCUCUUAUUGCCUGCUCUCUCAUUGCCUGCUCUCUCAUUGGCUUCUCUCUCAUUGCUUUCUCUCUCAUUGCUUUCUCUCUCAUUGCUUUCUCUCUCAUUGCCUUCUCUCAUUGCUGCGAGAUCUUUGAUUUGCGGUUAA